CGUGCGGCUGGUGCUCUCUCCAGGUGAGCAUUGCUCAGAACAGCGGGAAAUGACUGCUGGGAGCGGGCGUGAGGUGGCAGGCAGCCCCAGACGCUGGCGCACAGCAGUCCCGGGAGCUGGGUGUUAGGAGCUCCACUCCCCGCCGUGGACAUCAGGAGCAGCUGGAGUGCUGCUUCCCAGCCACCACCAGAGUCAGGGCAGCAUGAGCCGGGCAAGGCACGUGGGCAAGAUCCGGAGACGCCUGGAGGAUGUCAAGAGCCAGUGGGUCCGGCUGGCCAGGGCCGACUUCAGCGACCACGAGAGCGCCCGGCUGGCCACAGAUGCCCUCCUGGAUGGCGGGCCCGAGGCCUACCGGCAGGUGCUCAGCCAGGAAGGUGAGGUGGACUUCUUGUCCUCCGCGGAGACCCAGUAUAUCCAGGCCCAGGCCAAGGAGCCCCCCUGUACCCCGGACACCCCGGGAGGGGCCGAGGCCAGGACCAAGGGCCUGGACUCCUGCUCCCUGCAGUCAGGGACCUACUACCCUGUGGCCUCGGAGGACAGCGAGCCGGCCCUGCUGCACACCUGGGCCUCGGCCGAGAAGCCCUACCUGAAGGAACGGUCCAGCACCACCGUGUACUUCCAGACAGACAAGCACAGCAACAUCAGGGACCUCAUCCGCCGCUGCAUCACCCGCACCAGCCAGGUCCUGGCCAUCCUGAUGGACGUGUUCACGGACGUGGAGAUCUUCUGUGACAUCCUGGAGGCGGCCAACAAGCGCGGGGUGCUGGUCUGCGUGCUCCUGGACCAGGGAGGCGUGCCGCUCUUCCAGGAGAUGUGUGACAAAGUGCAGGUCUCUGACCGGCACCUCAAGAACAUUUCCAUCCGGAGUGUGGAAGCAGAGGUGUACUGCGCCAAAUCAGGCAGGAAGUUCGCCGGCCAAGUCCAGGAGAAGUUCAUCAUCUCGGACUGGAGAUACGUCCUUUCUGGAUCAUACAGCUUCACCUGGCUCUGCGGACACGUCCACCGGAACAUCCUCUCCAAGUUCACGGGCCAGGCCGUGGCGCUGUUUGACCAGGAGUUCCGCCACCUCUACGCCGCCUCCCAGCCCGUGAUGGGCCUGAAGUGCCCCAGGCUGGUGGCGCCCCUCCCGCCCAGAGCGGGACGCAGCCCCCCGCCCGGCCGCCUCAGUGGCAGCAGCUGCUCUGCCAGUGGCCGCCUGUCCUCCAACCCCUUCAGCAGCCCCUCGACGGGGAGCAACCCCCAGAACCGGAGUCUGUCCGUGUCCUCAGGGCCCAGCAGCCCACCGGCCCCCAACCCACCUCCGCCCCCCAGGUUUCAGCUCUACCAGGGCCUCUGGGGGGCCCUGGCCCCACAGGCCCACUUCUGCCUGAGGCCCCAGGACAGCCCACUCGCUCUGUACAGCAAACUCGGCGCCUGCAGGCCCCCGCGGCUGCAGCUGGAGCAGCUGGGCCUGCUGCCCAGGGCGCCCCAUGUCUGGAGGCCGUUCCUGCAGGCCUCCCCUCGUUUCUGAAGGCCCCCCCCCCCAAGCUGCCCUCCCAGGACUCCUGGGGACCCGCCUCAACGACGGGCAGCUUUGCUUCCCGUAGAACUAAAGGCACCUGGACAACACUGGUGCCUGUUCGAAUGUUCUCAGGCCUGAGAGCGUUCACUUGCCGACCCCACCAGUCCUGGGUUCCCCUCUCUAGUUUGGGCUACGCAGCACAUUCCAGAAGGUUCCAGGGUGACGGGGUGGGGAACUAGAGGACAAGAUAGUCAAAGUAGGGCCCUUUCUUCUAAAGAGCAGCCAGUGCUUCCACAUGACCGUUCUUUGACUCGCUGGGAUGUGAGGGCAGAUGCAGCCACGUUUCAUAGAUGGGUAAACGGGCACCGAGCAGCAGAGGGUGAGUGUGGCCAAGGUGCUCCAUUUCCCAGUUCACAGGAACAGUCCUCUCCCCAGAGAUUCCGGAGAGAGAUCGGGAGAAGGCCUGGGAACAUUCUGGGUGUUUCUGGGAGGGGGGACAACUCCUGCUCCCUGAAAGGCGGAAGACGGGGUAUCCCUGGGCCCGAUGACGUAGGGAUGAGGCCCCACAACUGCCGCUGUAAGCCGUGUGGGGCCGGUGGAGACUACAGCGGCAGAGAUGGGGCAGGCCAGGGCGUCCCAGGGAUCGCGGUGGGCAAGGCAGCUUGGCAGCUCCGUGCUGCAUCACUUCCAGGCUGACGCUCCCAGAGCAUCCAGAGCGUCCAGAGCAGAUGCAGUUGGCCUCAAGGUGGAGGCUCCUCCAGGGGGCCAGGUUCCUAAGAGACUGUGAUGAGCAGCCCCGCCACUCCUCCCCACUCACCCGCAAUGGAUAAGCAAUAUGAGCAAGAAAUAAACCUUUGUCAUUCAAGCCA